AUGCAGUACACCAAAGGUGCAAGCAGACAACAAUAUAUCCGACCAAAUGAUGACUGGUUAUUCAGAGCUACAUAUGAACAUCCAAAUGGCACACCAGAUUGUACUACGUGCGACCGGAACCAGGUAGUAGACCGUAAUCCCCGAGAAACCGAUAUACCUGAAUUUCAUUAUGGGUUGAUCGGUUCCGGUGAUCAGGUCAUGAAGAAUGCCAAUAUUCGAGACUCUAUUGCACAGGAGUUUAACUUGCUCUGCUUCGAAAUGGAAACUGCUGGCUUGAUGGAUCAGCUACGGCCCCUAGUGAUUCGAGGAAUUUGUGACUACUGCGACUCCCAUAAAAAUAAAAAGUGGCAAGAGUAUGCAGCUCUAGCUGCUGCUGCUUAUGCCAAAAUGUUUCUGUCGGGAAUCCCUGCGGCCCCAACGAUCAACAUUGAUCUCAAAUUACAGGAAUACUAUGAGAGGAACAAUCGUCUAAAGAUUAAGCGCCUCUCUGGAGACUUUCUAGACAUGGAGCAAUGCUACAUCAAUCUUUCAAUAAUCGAAUACCGUCACAAGGACCGCAAUACGAAGCUACAGGAAAAAUUACUAUCAAGCUUUUCACUACUCAGUCGCAUAAAGAUAAUAGCCGAUAGUCCUGAAAGGGAAGUCACAUUCCCGACUUAUUUCAUGACCGAAAAGAUGUGGUCGUAUGAUGGCUGCAGUGAUGCUGCAAUACUUAGUAAGUUGGCACGAAGGCAGGUGACAUGCUGCGGGUGCUUCGCCAUGCUUCAGGCGGGGAAAUUUUUGUUUUCCCUGUCUCCCUCGCCCACCCUCCGCUCCCCUGUGUCUGCCUGGCUUCGAUUUGGCUUCGAACGAUGGAAACAUGUGCAGGUUCCAACUGUGCAAAGGGGUUUGCACACCCUCUUCAGUCAGAUCUCGUUCAGUCAAACCCUACUCAAGCGGAUCUUCUUCAAGCGGGUCCUGUCCAAGCCGAUCAAGUGGAUCCUGCUGAAGAAUCACCCAAGCUCCUAUCAAUACGGUGGGCUGUCGGCGAGCGAUGGUGGUACGGCUCAAAGCGCCUUCAUCCUGCCAGCAAUCUACGGCACACUCGUGAAGAUCUGGGUCGCGAAUAUUGACGCCUCUCUAGUCGUCACAACGGAUGUUUAUACCUACAUUGGAACCAUCACGGAAGUCAUCAAUGAAGGUCUACCGCGCGCAGUAUGGUCCACAAUCGCCGACAAGGAAGCACGAACCAUUUGCCUAGUGGAAGAAAAUUAA